GACCUACCGCGACCGCGGCCCACUUACCAACCCCAUCACCUGCGAACGCAUCGACGCCGCCUGCCACUUUGCGCCAACUUCAAUAACUCUUGACACACGCAUCGCGCAUUUGUAGAAGGAAGUGGGCAUUGACAUUAGAGUGCCCGCGCCUAUGCAAGAUGCCGCCACGAGUAGGACUCCGUUCCCGCCGGGAGCCUGACGCUCAACCGCAGUCUGAUGCCGACUCGAUAGCCACACCCUCGCGAAAGCGCAGACGCCUCAACGGCAACGAACCUACAGCCGCGGCCGCCGAGCCUCCACGCACACGUAUCACCGAGUCUGUUGCGAGUAACGAUAGUAAUACUACGCUCCCAAACGCAGACGACGAAGAUCCCGUUGAAAGGCAAAACCGAAUUAUUGCCGCCCUCGGUAUCCCUUCGAACUACACGCCAAAUGCGGCUAUCGACUAUGCAAACGACCUACAAGCCCGCAAGAACGAGGGGCAUAAUAUUGCCGCCUUCGCGAAGAUAGCAGCUCGCGACUGGUGCUUCUUCGUUCAGGAGACUCGAAUUCUUAUUGGGCGUGCAGACUCGACAAUCCGUCCUCAGCCGCUCAGCUCGCAGGCAGACAUUCCUGGACACCCUCAGAGCGAAGCCCAGUCAGUCUCGAACUGGGGAGUGCACAUUGACUUGGGUCCUGAACGCCAGGUUUCGCGUGUACACGCCGAAAUCUAUUUCGACUCGGCAGACCAGAACUGGUACAUCGUUGUGAACAGCCGGAACGGUCUGAAGCUGGACGAUGUGCAUGUGACAAAGGGCCAAGUGGAGUUGCUGCAUUCGGGUAUCUGCAUCAGUAUUAUGGGCACUCAGAUGCUGUUCCUUCUUGCAAGCCAGGAGGACCACUUCCAUCCAAUGCUUCUGCGACAGGCGAACGGAGAAGAGGCUGGAGAAUCUGAUAACGACGGCAACCCACCUCCCAGAUCGCAUCACAACAUACCUCCCAGCGGACCUACACCGAAACGCGAGCAGUACGAUCCGUUCCCACCAUCUUCACAUCCAAGGAAUCGCGAAAACAAACACCAGUCAUCACAAGCCUACUACAACCAGAUGACUUCCACUCCAGGUCGCCCACCGCCAGGUACACCUUUGACCUUUCAGCCAGGUACUGGUCCACACAGCAAAGGUUCCCCUGCUACCUUUUCCCGCGGCGUCAUGAUCGACUCUACCGAUGAAGUUGAUUACAGCCAUGACCAGGCCAAGGACAUCAAGCCACCGUACAGUUAUGCGCAGCUGAUUGGCCAAGCCAUCCUCAGCAACGAUGAGGAGAUGCUGACGUUGGCGAACAUUUACGACUACAUCAAGUCGAGGUACGCUUUCUUCCGAUUCACCAACGGCGGCUGGCAAAACAGUAUCCGUCACAAUCUGUCUCUCAAUAAGUCAUUCGAGAAAGUUGCACGCCGAACAGAUGAGCCUGGCAAGGGCAUGAAGUGGAAGAUUGCCGAUUCAGAACGCGAGGAGUUCAUCAGGAAGCAAUUGCUCAACCCUCGCAAGGGUGGUGGGAUAGCCAUUGGAUUCCGACCUGAUGGCUCCGGGCCUAGUUCGCCCGCGCUUGGUAACCCAUCUCAAGCUACGGAGCGUCUAGUCGGUGCACUCGACCGCGAUCCCAGGCACCAAGGCGCUCGCAUGAAGUCUCCACCUCGCUCUGCAACACCGCCUCUUUCUUCGGUCCCUGCGCCCAACGAGUCAUUUACCCCUGAUCGUGGCUCCCGCCCUUUCAGUGUACUGAAGCAGUCACCCAACAUACGGGAGAUAAACCACUUCGUCACACCUGCUAAGCGCCUUGUCUACAGUGGUAAUGAUGGUCGUCAUCCCCCAUACAUCAAGACUGAAGAGCCUAGGUCGCAUCUCGAGUCAUCACCGGGUGUCGAUCCUGUCAAGCCAAUGGUCCAAGGACUUGGUCUAACUGGUCUCAAAAGCGAAGCAGCAAACUCACCUCCCACUCUCUAUUCCGACGCAGCCACGAGCAACAUUCAAGGCAAUCACGACGCAAGUCGGAUGAACAAUGCCCUUGUCACACCGCUAGUGACUCGUCAUGCACCCCACCUUGCACCUCCUAGCACCGCCCAAAUGCCCAGCCAGUACAUGAAUUUCUCCAGUCCAGCACCGUUCUGGAAGUUUGUCGAUCUUCCUAGCACACCCGCGAAGUUCCCCAUCGACCUCAGUCCGACCAAGAUGCACCACGACGAAAAGGACAACGAAGAAGAGCUUGCCCAGCCCAGUUCGCCUCCGAUGCUACCUGACGAAGAUCGCAGCGCCGAGCCUGAGGAUCAAGAUGCGUCCGACGAUAAGCCUGGUGACGAUGAGGAUGUUGGGCCUGAGAGCCCCAGUCGCACUGUGAGCAGGCCGGUCAGUCGCCGCGAUAUUGGCGGAAGCCAGCGGAGCAGAAGCAAUUCGAACGUCAACGUUCUCGGGCCUAGUGGUCUGGGUGGCAUGGUCAGGGGUGCGAGUCUGACAAGCUUUGAGGAGCAGGAUGAGCCGGAGGAGGAGAGCUAUGAUCUGUCUAAGGGCUUCCAGAAGAUUGGUUCGUUCCACCAUAGCAUGGCUCAAGCUCAUGGUGUCGUCGGUCGCUCUGCUAUCUAGGAAAGCUCCGGCGGAAGACAUGUAUAUUCCAUCGAAUAGUCUCAUUGGAAAGGUGAAAAAGACUGCGUGGUUGGACAUUGUCGAUCAUGCAAUCGGAGCUCAAGGGGCUUGAGAGGU